UCGUUUAUUCUCGUUCGUACUCACGCGUUUCUUCACAUCGUUGUUUCUUUCAUCGUGGUUCUGCGAAAAGUGUAAAAAAUAUAUUUUUCAGUGAUUGUUCUGGGUUAAAACUUAAUGUAAAAUUUAUAAGAUAACUUUACCAAUUAGUGAAUGAUUUGUUGAAUGUGUAAUUGGGGAAAAUUAUGAACAAAAGUAAAAGCAAAUUUCGCAGUGAUUGACUUGAAGAAGUGGCAAAAGUCGAAGACAGGUCUGCUACAACGUUGAAAAGGCAGAAAGAAGUUUGAAUGUGCUUGAGGGAAAGAGAACAAUAGUUGAAGUUUUAUAAAUUGCAAUUGUGAGCGAGGGAGAAAAAAGUUGCUGCUAGUUGAGGAAUAAGUGGAAGUAACGUGCCGCAAGAGCAGCGCAGUCGGCGGUGACGACUCGAGGCCAUGAAAGCCUUGCUUUUAGAUGCUUAUUAGCGACUUUAAUAAAAUUUUCUUUCUGAAAAUUGGGGACCUUUGUUUGUUACGAAAAAGUGAGCGGGAAAAUAAAAUCCAAUCCAAUAAAUUGAUCUUAGUGGUGAUCUAUGCAAUAAGGCGGAGAAAAUUUGUCAACUUCGAGACGUGUGUGUGGUUGUGUGAAUCGAAUUGAAUGCAUGUUGGUCCCCCGCUGUCGUAAGUGUCCUAGCUAUGUCAGCAGAGUACGAAGCCAGUCGCAACGCAGCGCGAAGGAGCGAUAUAGUACAAAAGACUAUGAAAACUGACAGCAGCAACGAUGACGAUGACACCUUAGAAGAUCUGGCGGGCUCAGCAAACAAUUCUAUUAUAGGAAAAGUAAAAUCGCGAGUGUCUAGCAUAAUUCCUACCAGUUUCUCAAAAUGGUUCUCACCUUCAACGCGAAACAAUGAUUCUUUAAAUGGAAGCUUUAGUGUAGGCACAGCACGCCGCCGUCGUCGCUUAGAGAUUGAAGACGAUGAAGAAUAUGUUGAUGAUGGUGACACUAAUGAGGACGGAGUUCUUUCACGUAGCGAGUAUAAAGAAAACUUAGUGAGUCGUAGCGAUAACGCAAAUAAAGACUCAGAUGAAGAUGAUAGUGAUAACAACAGUGACGACGAUUCACCAAACGAGCCAGUAGUGUCAACGCAAAGGACUCAUCGUACGACCAAGUCUUCGAGCUCUGUUAAUCAACCACCCAGCAAACGGUCUCGGAUCAGUUUUGAUGCAACAAGUACUCAUCAUCAGCCUUUAAUAGCUUCUACUCCCGCGGUUGGAGUCUGUCGUCGAAACAUCAACAGUCAUUCCUACCCUUUAGUAGAAGACGCGUUAUCCAAACCUUCAACUUCGCCCUCAUUAAGCUACUUCAUUGAAACGAAUGUAUAUAAUCAAAAGAAAAUGGAACAAGCAGCAACCUAUGCCUUCCUUCCAGCCCCUGACACAGAUGCAAAUUCACAAGAAAAAUUUGCGAACAGACUAAACACUAACGAACAACAAUUGGAAAGCGUCACUGCAAUAAGCUCAAGGCGAACAUUGCAUCUACCCUCGACAUCUCAGGCCGCUAAGGAACGAUCUGUGUCAAUGAGUUUUCCAAGUUUUAAAAGGCAAACGCUGAGCGGUGUAAGAGAUACCAAUAAUCAGAACGCAGUAUCGCCGACAAUAAAUACAUCGACAACCAUAAUUGAAGAAGCGUUUGGAAAAGAAGAAGGGGAUGAAUUCAGACGCCAAGACAAACAAGCUGAAGUUCAGUCAGAUGCAAAAUCACGCCGUAAGGUGAAUGGAAGCACUUUGCCAUUUGUCGGAAGUAAGAAACAAAAAUUAAACGGCACAGAUGAACCUGAGGUCAGUAAUGUGGAUGCCGAUUCCGCUUCCGAUAGCAGUGAUGGCUGCAUGGAUUUACCCAAUAAUCUUACCCAACGUAAAACUGGUCUAUUUAAUAUGUCACAUUUAAAUUGUCAUAAUGGCAAUAAAAGCCGAACUUCAUCUUUUGGAAAUGGCAUAAAUUUUUAUUCGCAUUUAGAAGGACGUAAAUCACUUUUUUCUGGUGGAGCGAAUAUUGCAGAAUCGGCAAAUGCUCUUAAUAACUCAACCCUGUCUUUGACGUCUCUUAACAGGCGUCAAUUUAACGCUUCCAUCUAUGGCAGUACAUCGGCAUUGAGCGAUAGUCGAUUGUUAAAUACAUUCUCUCCUUUCUACAAGGGGAAAACCACAUAUGGUGGUGCAGCAGCAUACAAAAAAUUUAGUGCAGGUUCCGGAGCGAGCAAAAUUUGUAACCUUGCACCAACAAUUAUACGUCCAACAUCGAGCUUGUCGACACUUUCCUCAUCAAAUAACUCGAUUACAGCAAAUAUCGGGGGAACUAAUGCAUCUGGUGGUGUAGGUAGCAAUGGCACAGAAAAUACCUCUGCUAUUUCUAGUACUGCCAAGCGAAUACUCGAUUUAAUAAACGGCUUUGCUACGCCUUUAAGCGAAGCUAAGAAAAUGGCUAACACAAGCGUUAAGGCAAAUCCUCAACUUCUUCCACAGGCCAAAUCACGUUUAAAUGAAACGGAGUUACAAGCAUCGCGCAUGAUACGUCUUUCGCAGGUGCGCACACCUUACGCCCGUCCGGCCGUAACCUUACAACCCACAAUCAGGAACUCGACAUUACCACCACCUGUAAGAGAACUGCAAGUACCAUCGAUGACGCAGCUACUACAAAUGAAAAAGAUGCAAAGCACCACAGAACGUUCCCGGCAAAUAACAAUGCAAAACAGUGGUAGUACCACGCGGCCAAUUAUUGGAGGCAGCGAAUAUGUGCUACCCAUAACAAACGAAAACAAUGUAAUCGAUAAGGAAGAUUCACAAACUCGACAACAACAACAGCCACAUACAAAUAAAAUAAAGAGCAAGGGCAGAGCUUCUGCUCGAAUAACCGCUUCGAAGAAUGUUAACAAUCUGGAGAUUGAUGAAUCACCGCCACCAGUCAAUUUGCCUAAUAUUGCAUUUCCACUCAUGCAAUCUGUGCCAAAAUUCGACAUAGCUCUACCUAAACCUCCAAUUGUAGCGCCGGCUGGGACUAUUAAACCUGACUUCCCCAAACUCGAUAACUUGCCCAAUUCAAAAUCUGCAGUUGUGGAACUCCAGACCAUCGGCAGCAGUAACAACAAAAACGUUUUCGCUAAUAAAACUGCAAGCAAUUUGAUUACAGAUAGUAAGAAAAUCGCCAUCACUGAACGAUCCAAAGAUACAGAGGAUUUCAACUCUAAUGGAAGUGAUAAAAAAUCAAUCUCUGCAAAUUUCAGCUUCAAAUUUUCUGCACCAUUGACUUUUGAAUACGUUGAAGAUAAAGCUUCACCGGGCCAAAAUAUCAGUGCACUUAGCAAUAAUUACAAAUUUAGUCCACCAACUGCGGUAUGCUUUGGAGCUGUUGGAACAAAUGAAUCAUCUACAAACCGAAAAGUACAAAGUGAUGGCACUGUAACGCCCCAACUAAAAAGCGGUAGUGUGCUGGAUGCCCUGAAGAAACCCUUCGCAUUACCUGCUACUCCAAAAGAGAAUGCAACGAAUUCGGAAAGUACUGAGAUGAAAAGUGGAUUUGGCGAUAAGUUCAAAAAGAGUACAAGCAACAAGUGGGAAUGCGAAACAUGUUUAAUUUAUAAUGCUAGUGAUGCCGACAAAUGUGUUGCUUGCGAAACACCACGCAUGAAAUCAUCAUCUAUACCACCGACUGAAAAAUCCCCUUCAACAACACUUCUAGCCACCACUUCUUCACAAUUUGGUGCUCAAUUUAAAAAAUCCUCCGAUGAGUGGGAAUGUGACAGUUGUUUGAUACGCAAUAAGCAGCAAGCCGAUAAAUGUGUCGCCUGCGAGACAUCACGUAAAGGUGCCGCCACUACUUCGGUAUUGGGAGCAAGAACUUGGCAGUCUAACUCAUUCGGUGACUCUUUUAAGAAAAAAGCAAACACCUGGGACUGCCCUACUUGCCUUAUCAAUAACAAAAGCGAUUGCACCGAAUGUGUUGCGUGUCAGACGAAAAAUCCAGGGAGUGAUAGUAGUAGCACUUGCCCCAAAGCCAAUACAAAAAGCACACAUACAUUUGGUUUCGAUAGUGUUGCUUACCCGUGUUCGGCUCAGUCAAAUGCAUCUUCAGAUAUUGGUUUCAAAUCAUUGGCUGCUGCUCAAAUGUCUGCCAAGUGGGAAUGCGAUGCAUGUAUGACACGGAACGAUGCAGCUCGCAACAAAUGCAUUUGUUGUGAACAAGCAAAACCUGGCACCACAACGCCUGACGUUCCUGCCAAUGGGCCAAAGUUCAUGUUUGGCUCAGCCGCAUCAUCUAAAUUCACCUUUGGUUUCGGUACCAACGCCAAUGGAACGUCGGCAACAGAUUCAGGCGUUGGGACGACCUCAGUAAUCGCACCUAAUCAAAAGACUGAUACAGAAAACAUUACGGGUUUUGUUUUUGGCAGCACCACCAAGGCAACUACAUUACCAUCCGGAAGUAGUGGCUUUAGCUUCGGUAUAAAACCGACUUCUGUCUCACCUAAAAAUGAAGUUACUAGCAAAGGCAGCGAGAGUAAAGAUGUCGCAGAUAGUGUAAAUAGUUCCAAUCCAGCAGUAUCUGAAGCAACGCCUAGUGCAAGUAAGCUCAGUACAAGUACCACUUCUGUUGGUAAAGAUGUGGUUACUACCAACACCACUGUAAAUUUUAAGUUUGGCGUACCACCCAGCUGUGACACUGCAACGACGACGACCACUGGAGCGCCUGCAGUCAAAUUCAGUUUAACAAAGUCUGACUUUGCAGCUAAAGACGUUCCGGCAAAAUCAUCCGAACCUAAUGCGUCAUUCGGAGAAUCUACAACUGGAGGCUUUAAAUUUGGUAAUAGCAUUACAAAUGCAAAUUUGCAACCAUCUGCAAGUAGUUUUACAUUCGGUGUACCAACUAAGUCAGUCAGUCCAGAGACGAGCACUCCUACGACAACAACAAACACAUUUUCUUUCGGCUCUUCUGCGUCUGCCCAGCCAGGUCAAUCUUUAGCGACAUCUACAGCCACGUCGACUGCCACAGUUAAGCCCAUGUUUAGCUUUGGGGGUACUACCACGUCGACUACCCAAGCAACAUCAUCUACGUUAGCGUCUUCGUAUACGACAAGCAGUAGCACAUCUGCUUCGGCCUUUACAAAUACGGCAGGCGGCUUCAGUUUCGGUAGCAGUAUCACAGGUAGUGCCACUGCUUCUCCAAGCGCCAAACCGUUUAUUGGCAGCUUUAUCGCACCCACUGCCGUUUCAGUGGCUCCGUCUGCAAUUGCCUCUGCGCCUGGUUCAACCAUCCCAACAUUAGCAGCUGCGCCUACCAAUGUUUUCGGCACUUUUGGUGGAAGCACUUCUUCGGCCAAAACAACUACUACCUCAGCUACACCGACUUUAACAUCCACUGCUGCCCUGCCCACGACUAACACACAAAUCUUCGGCUCGUCUGUCAGUGUCGAGUCUAAACCCACUGCGUCGGCAACAAUGAUUUUCGGAAGUGCUGGCAGCAAAUCAGCCGCCAUUGUUUCAACUACACCAGCGCCAUUUGUUUUCGGGUCAUCGUCGUCCAUUGCCUCUACAGCGGGAACAGCGACCAACACUGUUCUAAGUGGCAACAUAGUUGCCCCCGCAACAAGCUGGCCUAAAAGUGGAUUCGCAUUCGGUACCUCCCCUGCCAGCGGUGGAACAUCGAAUACAAAUGAAGCUCCGAAAACUGUAUUUGGCUCCUUUACCACUGCUGCUGCCCCUACUGCAGCCGCUUCUGUAGCUUCUCCUGCUAUGAAUGCUGGUGGUUCAGUGUUUGGAAGCUUAGCCGCUAGCAGCAAAACCUCAGGACCAAGCGCUACAUUUGGUAGUGUAGCAGUUAAUGCUGCAGCAGUGAACCCAACCACAUUGUUCGGGGCUAGCGCUUCGACAUCCACAACGGCUGCACAAACAACGCAAAAUCUAUUCGGAAGUGUGUCGGCAGCAACAUCUUCUUUCGGUGCACCACCAUCGUUCGGCAGUAGCACUACCAACAACACACCGACCUUUGGAACCGUCAGUUCUGCGACUUUCGGUAGUUUCGGCACAGCGGCAUCGAGUACAAGUAGCGAUGGUGCAUCGGCACCAAAGAAGGCCGAACCAGCUUUCAAUUUUGGAGGAAACACUUCACAAAUCAAAUCGACUGGAGGAUUCAACUUUGGAAUGCAAGCGAACACUACUGCUAAAUCUGCAUUCAAUUUUACCGCACCAAGUGGGCCGACAUUUAACUUCACCGGUUCGAACAGUGAUACCAACUCCUUCAGCGCCCAACGCGCCGGGCGCCAUGCAGGCUCGACGAAAGAUCCGUCAACCGACAAGACGUCUCACACCACGGUAGAGCAAUUUACAGCCGCGGACGCCUCUAAAGGCGUGGACCAACAACAAAAACAACUGACGGGACAACUACGAUGGUCAAGACAGAGGAACAUCCAAGACAGCAAUAACAGCAAUAGCAUCAUUUCUGCAAACGCGCAGAACGACGAGUGUAACGCAGCAAAACCAAUCUAUACCGAUUGUAGUGGAAACAGCAGCAUCACUAACAGCAGAAGCAAUAAUAAUAAAGCAUCAAGAAAAUCACUUAUAAAUAGCGUAGAAAUGGUUGGCGUUGACAGAGCCAAAUGUGGCAUUACCAGGGCCAUAAAACCCCAAAUGACACUAAACAAAUACAAAUACAUUCGAAUGCCUCACGGCAACUCCACUCAAAAUUCCUGCAAUAUUGUAUCAGUUACUGGGACAAGCAAUACGAUGAUUACAGGGAAAUCCGAAAAUUUGUGUAAAAACCGAAGUUUGAGUGAUCAGAUAUUUGGAACGCGGUCAGUGAAGCGGAGCAUUCGCGUACAAUCGAAGUUUAAUCUAAGCAAAGUGGAAUGUGGAGAGCCCCAAACUGUAUUCGUCAAAACGCAGUCUCUACUCACUCCGAACCAAUAUCGUAAAGUGAAUUUUAAAAGUGUUGAAUCAGCAGCAAGUUUAAUCGCUUCAGCAACUCCAACGGAAAAGUCAGGUAGUACGUUGCAGUUGGUCUCGCUAUCGCCGUCAGAAGUGACCAAUCAGUAUCGUUUAAUGCGUUGCAAGCUAGAUAACUCGAAGCUGAAUACGUUGUAUAGUAAGUCAGUAGAAUCCUUGCCAAAGGAAAGUGAACGAACAAAAAUUGAUCGGAAGGCGUGUAACUCGUUUGUUAUUACCAACACCAAUAGGGCUCCUAUUGCGACAGAUGCUAUUGAAAAAUUUCCCAGUUCUUCUGCGGCUGCCAGAGCUGUGCUGCACGAAUGAAUGAUGUGAGCACGGAUGCGAAGCUAUAUUGCUACGGGCAUUAGAAUAACAACUUUUAAAAUGCGAGUAUAUGACAGAAUUAAACGUGACAGGUUCUAUUAUUAUUGAUUUCUAAGGGUUAAUUUAACCAAUUUAGUAUUUUUAAGAAAUCUACUAUUGUAUAAAAAAGAAUUAACAAACAGAAAAACAAAAGAUUAACAGAUAAUAACCAGGAUAUAAUAGGUAAAAGAAGAAAUAUAGAAUAUAAAGAACAUCAAAAUUGAGAAAAAAUGAAUUUUGCAACAUAAAAAACAAGAAAUGUAAAAUGAACACACAUACAUAAAUGGUAAAACUAUUGUACUAUUACUGUAUAACUAGUAAGAACGAAAGGGGAAGAGGGAGGGGGAGGGGAGGGGUCUAAUCCGCGAAGGAGGUUGGAACUAAAUACGUUUUGCGUGGAACGGGGAGCAAUACGUUAAAUUCGGUUUGCGAGAUUUUAUACAUCCGUUUUGAUAAUAUCGUCUGUUAAGUCACUAUCUUCGCAAAGUAUAAUGAAAGCGACUACAUCUCAAUUCUUGUGCUUAUGUUAAUCUUUAUUUGAUCAAAAAUAAUAUGUAAAGUGCGCAGCAGGGAAAUUGGCGUUAUUACAAUAAAGGAUAUGGUUGCUUACCGACCUGCAAUUAAAAUUUUAAAUAUUGCUUUUAACGCCUAUUUACAUAUAUUAUAUUUUGUUAUUUUUAUAAGAAAAAUAUUCGUUUCAACUUGAAGUGUGUUAACAUAAAAUUAUAAAUCGUAGUCUAAUUGAAAUAUUUGAAGUUUGUUUUGUAAUAGAUUAAAAAUCAACUUUAACCCGGAAAACGUUAAAAUUUCACAAUUACACAAUAAAUUAAUGUACAUACAUAUAAGCAAAUUGA